UUCCAGGUGUGGCUGUGCCUGAAUGAUAGCUACAUGCUUGAUACAAGCCAGAACAGGAAGACCCAUUACACAGGUGGGGCCGGGCGGGUAUGCGGCCGAGCGCUUUCCAGCCGCAGUGUGACCGAAGGCUGAUGUGUCCCGGCCGGGGUCACGAGGCCUGCCAGGAUGGCGUGUUUCAGUGGGAACCGGACUGGUAGUGCGUCAGAGCCGGGAGAGUGAUGGUGCCAGGCCUGGCUGGGAUUCUGGACAGUACGGUGUUCCCGCCAGCGUUUGAUUUACAGGCCUGUGCUGGAUCUGGGCUCUCUGACACAGCUGACCUCUCUAGGUUGAGGGUCAAUAGGUUAGAGAUGGGUGCACCAAAUGGUUGUCUAAAAAAACUCCUAUAGGAACGGGCUGUCUCUAUGGAAUAGUCGUCUGUACCGUUCCUCCGUCUGAUGCACUGUUUGUGUACUGCGGGGGGUGAAGCGUUUACCAUUUGCUGGGAAAUGGUCAAGUUUCAUUUGCACAAAAAGAAAGCAUCAUUAAAGUCCAUGGUGCCUAAAGAAAUAGUUCACUUAAAAAUGUACAUUUUGUCAUUGUUGCAUUUGCUUACACGUGCUUAACCUUACAGUAAUAUUUUAAUAACUCAAGUACCCCUACUUUGACUUGUGAACAAAAUCUGACAUCGGCCACUUUGUACUUUAUUUGUACAUUAUUUGAACCCAUCAUUGGGUCAAAAAAUGGAAAAACUCAACAGUUGGGUUAAAUUAACCCAGAAUAUGCUUAUUUUUGACCCAUCAAUGGGUUAAGACAACCCAGAAUUUGGGGUUGAAACAACCCAGCAUUGGUUCAUUUAUAACCCAACGGUUGGGUUUGUUCAUAUUUGACCAAACGCUGUUGUUUGUGUAUUGUUGUGUAUUUGCGUGUUAUAUAUUUCAUACCGUACAAACUCAACCGUUGCGUUAUAAAUUAACGUUGUUGGGUCAAAUAAAAUUUGGAUUGCGUUUGUCCAUUUUUUUUUAAAACUAACCCAACAUUUUUGUUCGGUUAGUGUAUAUGACCGUUGUAAUACCAUUGAUGAACAUUCAUUGCAUUUUGUGUUUUACAAAAGAAAGAAAAUAAGGAGAUUGCAACAACAUGGGGUGAGUAAAUGACCCAACUACUCAAUUAAAGGGAAAAAGGAAGUGGCUUUUUUCAAUCUCAGUCAUGUAUUUUUGUUUUUCGACAGGCUAAACUUAAACACAUGAUCUCCAGAAAUGUCUGCAUUGUUUUCAGCCACCAAACAAAGAGUUGAAACAGUGCAUUCAGAGGGGAUAUAAUCCGCACCGAUUGUUUAUCCAUUUCGGAGGCGAAGAAGACAAUUCGAUUUGAGAUCUGAGCACAGUUCAAGACACAGCUGGGACAUCUUUUGAAACCCUAAAGGAGAUGCAUCUCCUUUGUGUGGCAUCGUCCUUCUGACCAUCUGUAGUGUUACAGUAGAUCUGACCUACAAACAAUGAUGACCACACCCUCCUCGUCCACCUCACCUGCACCAAACCCGGAUCCCUUAAUCAAACUCAUUGGACUUCUGCGCACUCAAUUACCCUCCUCACCUCCCCAACCCGGUGCAGUGUCCAGUCCCAUGGCCGUCCCUAGCUGUUAUUCUGGUGUUGCAGCGGGUUUAUUCUCCAAUGCCAACUAUUCUUCGAAAUGCAACCUCAACUGUUUUCUUCGGAGAAAGCCAGGAUAGCAUAUGUCAUCUCUCUGCUCACAGGUAAGGCCCUUCUUUGGGCACAGAACGUCUGGGAAACCGGUGAUCCUCUCACAGAAACAUUGACAGCUUUUCUUGGGCACUUUAGGACAGUGUUCGGACAGUCAGCUAAUCUUCUCUCAGCUCAAGAUCAAUUACUCCGGUUAAAGCAGGGACGAGCAUCUGUUGCCGAAUAUGCCAUACAGUUCAGAACCCUUGCAGCUAAGUCCGGUUGGAAUGAAACCACCCUCAUCACUGUCUUUCACCAAGGUCUAGAACCCACCGUGCGUACCCACCUGACCAUACACGAUGACACAGUUGGCUUAGAGAAUCUCAUCCAGUAUACUGUUUGCAUGUCGCAACGUCUUGCAGCUGUGCCUCCGACAAAACCCACUGCAUCUCCUCCACGCAAUCCCAUCUGAACAACCCCCGAAUCCUCCAGACCCAGAACCCAUGCAAAUAGACCAGUCCCGUCUAUCUCGUGAAGAACGAGCCCGCCUCAUCCGUCACCAACUCUGUUUAUAUUUUGGAGGAAGAGGUAAUUUGAUAGCUACCUAUCCCGUCCACCCACCUCGACCCAUGCAAAGGCCCUUUUAGACUCUGGUGCUGCAGGAAAUUUCAUUUCACACUCCAUGUUAAAUACCCCUCGACUCCCACGCCAAAAGAACUCUCAGAACCUACAGAUUCAUAACAUCUUGGGAAAGCCAUUGGGUCGAGGUCGGGUAUGCUAUCACUCUCCAGCGAUCUCCCUUCAAGUAGGGGACCAGCACGAAGAGAACAUCUCCUUCUGGGUUCUGAAGGGUUCAACCUCCAAUAUCGUCCUGGGAGCUGUCAUUCCUAAAGGAGGAAUCUAUCGACUAUCGGUCCCGGAACGGAAGGCCAUGGAUUAGUACGUGAGAGAGGCACUGGCACAAAACUUCAUUCAUUCGAACUUCAACGAUUUCUUGGAUUUGCAAACUUCUACAGACGCUUCAUAUUGAAAUUCUGCUCCAUUGCUUCACCCCUCACUUCCAUGAUAAGUCAACAGUCCAAGUCUCUGUCCUGGAACCCCAAUGCCCUCAACGCCUUCUGUCAACUCAAGAGAGCCUUCUGCACUGCACACUCUGUCUUCCGGACCCAGCACUCCCCUUCGAAGUGGAGGUCGACGCAUCGACCACUGGAGUGGGUGCUGUGCUGUCUCAAUGACAAGGCAAUUCUCCAUCCAUGUGCCUACUUCUCACGUAAGCUGUCCCCGGCCGGAGCAAAACUACGAUGUCGGAAAUCGAGAACUGCUGGCUAUUAAGCUUGCGCUGGAAGAAUGGCGGCACUGGCUAGAGAGGGAGCCAAUCCCCCAUUUCUUGUAACCACGGACCAUCGGAAUCUCGAAUACCUGAAGAGCGCCAGGCGCCUUAAUCCCCGACAGGCCAGGUGGGCUCUGUUCUUUACAUGGUUUCACUUCACAGUUACCUACCGACCAGGAACAAAGAAUGUUAAAGCAGAUGCCCUCUCUCGCCAGUUUCACCCCGAUCCUGAACCCGUAGACUCUGAUCCCAUUCUUCCUCCAAACAUGGAAGAUUGGAAGAUUUACGAAGAAAUAGCAGCAAGUGACCAGCAAGCUCCACCGGGAGGUCCUGAGGGCAAAAUCUACAUCCCCCAGGAACAUCGUGUUACCCUCAUUGACUCAGCUCACUCCGCUCCGGGAUCAGGACACCCAGGCAGUCAGCAAACCCUCUCACUCCUGUCUGCCGGUACUGGUGGCCAAGGAUGUCUCAGGAUAUCUCCCAGUACGUCCAAGGUUGCUCAGUUUGUGCCAUCUCCAAAACCCCAUGUCGAAGUCCAGAAGGUAAACUCAUGCCAUUGCUCAUUCCUCAUCGCCCAUGGUCCCAUAUUGCAGUAGACUUCCUAACUGACUUACACCUGUUCGAAACAUAUACCUGCAUCCUAGUGGCCAUCUAUCGAUUCUCUAAAGCUUGCAAACUGAUUCCAUUACAUCGUCUCCCUACAGCCUUCCAAACAGCAGAGGCUCUUUGCAAUCACGUAUUUCGUAAUUACAGACUGCCUGAGGAUAUCGUAUCGGACAGAGGUCCCCAGUUUAUAUCACGAGUCUGGAAGGCUUUCUGCCAACACCUCAACAUCACCAUAAGUCUCACCUCUGGAUAUCACCCGCAAGCAAAUGGCCAAGCUGAGAGAAAGAUACAGGAUAUUGGGAGGUACCUGAGAUCCUACUGUCACGAUCAUCAGUAGGGCUUGCACCGUUUUCUACCCUGGGCUACCAACCCCCUAUGUUUCCCUGGUCGGGUGAACCCUCAACACUGCCAGCAGUGGAUCACUGGUUUCGGGAGAGCGAGAGGGUCUGGGCCCACAAACACCUGCAGCAGGCGAUCUGCAGGCAGAAGAGGUAUGCGGACACCCAACAUUCACCCACUCCUCAAUACCAGCCGGGACAACUGGUCUGGUUGUCCACCCGGGACCUCCGCCUGCGGCAGCCCUGCAGGAAGCUGAGUCCCAAAUACAUCGGCCCUUUCCCCAUACUGCACCAGGUCAACCCAGUCACCUAUCGUCUUCAACUCCCCGCUCACUACUGUAUAUCAUCUUCAUUCCACGUAUCACUGCUUAAACCUCACCAUGACCCUGUCUCUGUUCCCUCCACAGAACCUGAUGCUGAGCCACCACCUCCUCCACCACUCGACAUCUCCCAACAGAUCUAUCGGGUUGAGUCCAUCCUCGACUCCAGGCGGCGAGGCGGUCGCCUAGAAUACCUGGUGGACUGGGAUGGAUACGGACCGGAGGAACAAUCAUGGGUGGCUCUUGAUGACAUUCUGGACCCCACUCUUCUCACAGACUUCCACAAAGCCCAUCCGAAUUGUCCGGCCCCUCGUCCUCGUGGCCGUCCUUGUCGUCCUGUGAGGUCCGCUGGAGCGGACCGUGGAGGGGGGUACUGUAACGAGCACUCCUCAGUCAUCAGCCACUCCCCCAUCAUCUGCACCUUCCCCCGGUUCACUCCAGUUCUUUUUCACCGGACUAUUGACUCUCACGGACCUCACUUCCCAUUAUCCUUUGCACCAGCCAUUCACCAUGAUUGCACCCGCACCUGAUCAUCAUUCCCUGGACACUAUUUAUAGCCUGUUUUUUGUCAUGUUCAUUGUCAGAUCUUGUUGUUGUACUGUUUCCUUGUCUGCUAUACUUUGACCCUCCUGUGGAUGUUACCUGUUUCCGUUCGUGUUAUAUUUACCUGUGGAUGUUUACCUGUCAUUGGAUGUUUCUCGUUUAUUGUGGAUGUUACUUUUGCAUUUUACUCACCUUACUUAAACCUCUGGAUUAAACCUACAUCUUGCACCUCAGUUCCUUUGUGUGGCAUCGUCCUUCUGACCAUCUGUAGUGUUACAGUAUGGUUAAAAACUUGUUCAUCUUAA